AGUGCCCUUGCCACAGAGGGAGCAGAGGGGCGCCACGGUAGCUGCAGUGGGGUUCGUUAUCAGCUAGAAGAGCUGGCAGGCUAGUCUGGUCCAGGCCGGGUACAUUCCUGCUCUGAGCAGUAGGGUCCCACAGGAGUGGCCCACGCCACAGCCCCCAGGAUGCCCAGCAGAACUGUCCGCUACACCCGCUACAGCCCACAGCAGCGGCGCCGGCAGCUGCUGGCUGAUCGAAGUGUACACUUCCCUAAUGAUGUCCUGUUCCUAGACCACAUCCGCCAGGGCGACCUAGAGCAGGUGGGGCGCUUCCUCCGGGCUCAGAAAGUCACCCUGGACACCAUCCACCCCUCAGGCAUGGCCGCCCUGCAUGAAGCGGUGCUCUCUGGAAACCUGGAGUGUGUGAAGUUGUUGGUCAAAUAUGGGGCCGAUAUUCACCAGCGGGAUGAGACGGGCUGGACGCCCCUGCACAUUGCCUGCAGUGAUGGGUACCCUGACAUAGCCAGGUACCUCAUCUCCCUGGGGGCUGACAGAGACGCAGCCAACAAUGAUGGCGACCUGCCCUCGCACCUCAUUGACCCUGACUUCAAGGACCUGGUGGAGCUCUUCAAAGAUACUAAGAUGGACUGAGCCCAGCCCUGCCCUCCCAGGGCUCUCGCCCUCCCUGGAGAAGUCGGGCGCCCACCUCCCCCAGGUGCCAGGACAUGCCCCACUGGCGGGGCUGGGAGCCGGCAAGGACCUGGUACCUGGACAUAACCCCUGCCCUCACACCUCUGGCCUGGCUUUUUCUCCAGGUGAAUUUUUUUUUUUUUUUUGUGAGGAGAUCAGCCCUGUGCUAACAUCUGUCAAUCCUCCUCUUUUUUUUUUUUGCUGAGGAAGACUCGCCCUGGGCUAACAUCCAUGCCCAUCUCCGUCCACUUUAUAUGGGACGCCACCACAGAAUGGCUUGCCAAGCAGUGAGUUGGUGCGUACCCAGGAUCCGAACCGGCGAACCCUGGGCCGCCAUAGCGGAGCGCGCGCACACUUAACCGCUUGUGCCACUGGGCCAGCCCUCCAGGUGAAUUUUUUAUUGUGACACUUUUUACUUUUUCAAUAAACCUGAUUUCCAAGCUCGUGGUGGUGGCCUGAUUACUGAGAACUGGCUCGUCCUCCGGCUCCGGCCGCUUCCGGUGGUCGGCGAAUCCCGUUGAUCACGCUG